UAGUACCCUAUUCUUCUUGACUUUGUUUCUUUCCAAAGCUUAUACAAGAGAUAUUCAUUCUUAAACUAAGAUUUUCAUAUAUAUUGAAAAAGAAAGAAAAGAUUUCUCAUCAUUUUACUUUUUGGUAGAGAGCAUUUCAAGUAAAAAAUACUUUGAGAAACAAAAAGAGAAAACUAGUAUGAGAAACAAAUCCUUAAAAAAGGAAAUAACAGUAAUGCACGUGAUGAUAUAACAAAAGGUUUUGUUUUGUUUGUUUUUUUAUUGUUUUUUUCUUCUUUUAUUUGUCUGUUAUAAUAAUCAAAAAACAAGAAGAAAAAACGAGACGUUCAUGCAUUUAAUCUCGCACCUUACGACAAAGAGUGAGAGAGAGGAUCGCUCAGGUUUGUUCAUCUUCACCGGACGAUUAGCUUUUGCGGUGGGAGAAAGAACGGCCUGUCUUCAGCUCUGAAACAGAGGAACAGAGAGGUUAGGAAGGAGACAAUGGUUGGACCCGCGCGGCCUCAGAUCGUUUUGUUUGGAUCUUCCAUUGUUCAGAUGAGCUUUGGCCAUGGUGGUUGGGGCGCCAUUCUUUCCGAGGUCUACGCUCGUAAGGCCGACAUCAUUCUGCGAGGAUAUUAUGGAUGGAACUCUUCUCGUGCUUUGGAAGUUGUCGACCAAGUGUUCCCCAAGGAUGCUGCAGUACAACCUUCUCUGGUCAUUGUCUAUUUUGGAGGAAACGACUCAAUGGCGCCUCACUCGUCUGGACUAGGACCUCAUGUACCACUUACUGAAUAUGUUGAUAACAUGAAGAAGAUCGCUCUUCAUCUUCAGAGCCUUUCAGACUUCACCCGAAUCAUAUUUCUUAGUUCUCCUCCAGUGGAUGAGGCUAAAGUUCGCCAGAACCAAAGCCCAUACUUGAGCGAGGUAAUCCGCACAAACGACCUCUGCAAGACUUAUUCAGAUGCUUGUGUAGAGCUGUGCCAAGAACUCGGCCUAGAAGUAGUUGAUCUCUUCUCUACUUUUCAGAAAGCAGAUGACUGGAAAACUGUUUGCUUCACAGACGGGAUUCAUUUGUCAGCACAAGGAAGCAAAAUAGUAGCGGGAGAGAUACUAAGAGUGGUUAAAGAAGCGGAAUGGCAUCCAUCACUUCACUGGAAAUCAAUGCCAACAGAAUUCGCAGAUGACUCUCCUUAUGAUCUUGUAUCAGCAGAUGGCAAACAGACAGUAAAUUCUUCAGAAUGGACUUAUUUCUGGGAAGAACAAUGGGACUAAACAUUUCAACACACACAACAACAACAACAAGACCCUAUCUUCACAUAAUUCACUGUCUUAAUGUGAUAAAGCUUUGCUUUAGAUUGUUUACAUUACAAGUGUCUCUGCUAUAAUCUGAUUCAGUUUCGCUCGAAAAACGUUACCAUUUUAAAGUUUAUACUUAUCUAAAUCUUAAAUCACAGAAACACACCAAGUUUGUGUUCAAGUAAUUUCUUUUUUUCUUGUUUACAUUUUACAGACAUUAACAAAUGUCUGAAACUCAUCACAUAACACUCCUCCAGACAGGGGUUUAGUGUUUUGAAGGUAAAAUCACAAAGUAACUAAAUUUGGGCCGAUAACAAAAAAGUCGCUUAGGAGAUUGGACUUAUUUGGGCCUAAAACCUAACACUUAAGGGCCCAACUAAAAUGCCAUUUACCUAAAAAGCGACGCAUCUUCGU